UGCAUUAUAAUUAUAUGGAAGAGUUCCAUAAUUUGGACGGAAAAAUGUUGAAAAAGCGUAAUUUCCGUAUAUAUUGUUUAAACGUUUCCGCAAACUGAGAUUGACGGUCUACUAGAGGCUAUUAAUCCGAAGAAUCAUCAAGAAGAGAUAUUCUACACGAAGCUAUUGCUUCAGGUUCAAAAGAACGAGAAGGUACUGCAAUGUUUUACAUGUUGUAACAAGAUUUUGAAUCGCAUCAUCUUGAAGGAUAUAAAGUUUAUUGGAUUUAUAGCUGCGAUUGGGUCUGUGGAUGAGCUUUGUCCGAAGAUAUCGUACGUUGAUAGAAGUAUAGUUAUUAAUAAGUUGGGUUUGUUUUUGGAGAAUGGCGAUGACUUCUUUGAUGCAGUUGAGCAGAUGUAUGGCCGCAGCAAUCACGCUACAUCCGACGUGCAAAGAAGAACUUAUCAAACAGCAAAUUGCAUAAGAAGUAUCCGAAGUUUUUGAAAUAUUACUUCCAUGUAUAUGAAAACAAACAGGCGAGCUCAAAAAUCAUGUUUGUCAAGUAUCUGGUUCAUAACAAUAUUGAUACGUUGUUGGCUUUUACUUCAAAUUUUGCAUAUCGUACUUUUGGUAGAAAGGGCUUCCUUCAAGCUUUUGCGAUACCACAAGAAGAACACAUCCCAGUGAUUUUGACAAACACAUUACAUGACUUUCGAUCCCAACUUGAUGGAGAUUAUCAGCGCUGAGGAUUGCCUGAAAUUUGAUUUAGAAGAACAUUUCAAAGAACAUUUUGAGCAGAUCAAGUAUUGGAUUGAUUUGUCGCACGAAAUCAAUGAAAGAAGUUCGUUGUUGAACACGUUAGUUAGAACGUGUAAAAUUAAUAAAUAUACUUCUUGAAAUACUUCUGCUCCAGGCACAAGAAUGACAUGAUCGACGUUAGAAAUAACUUUUUAAGAAGUUUGACCAGCAACAUCAAAUUGCUUAAAUUGAGGAAUGUUGAACGAAGUUAAGGAUUUCCACAAGUUGGGUGGAUCCACGUUGGGAGAACAUCAAUGGAACUUCAGGAAGUUCAUGGACCGGAUAUCCGGGCUUCCGAAUCGCGUGGAAAUUACGAUGUCCAUAAGACCGCGCAACCAUCAAGAGGCAAUCUUCAAGGUGAAACUGCUUCAGCGAUUCAGGCAACAAUGGGUUUUGUUGAAUAUUUUACUGGAGGGCAACAAAGUCCUCAAUAGAAUCAUAUUGAAUAAUCGUGAGUUCAUCCACUACGCCGGGGAAAUCGAAGUUUAUACAUUCGUCAAUGUUGUUUGUCCGAAGCUUUCGCACGUCUCCAAACUGAUUCUGUUCAAUAAACUCGGAUCGACGUUAUUAAACGGCGAUACACAUUUCAAUUUAAUUUUCGAAAAGUACGGAAUUCGUCUAGCUUUCAAACUGCUUCCAUCGUGCAGCGAGGAACUGGUUAUGGAGAUUUCGGAGAAUUACAGCUUCCGUUUCAACAGCAGACAGCUGAUUGUAUUGCAUCGAAAGUAUCCGAAUUUCCUGAUGAACUACUUCCAGUCCGGCUACGCCAAUUUGGUGGUACGAAAGAAGCUGACCGAUUAUUUGGUUAAAAAUGAUAUGGAAACAUUACGAGAUCUGGUGGAAUUUGGUUUACCAACGUUGGGAAGGAAAGGAAUGUUGAAGUUUUUGGAUAUAAAUAAGGAAUACGUUUUAGAGAAUCCGGGGAAAUUCCAAAGGCAUUAUGAUAGGAUCGUCAGGAGUUUGAAUCACGACGAAUUUGAUAUAUACUUUAAAAACUUGUUUCCGAAGAGGAUCGAUGAUAAUCCAGAUUUUUUCGAUGCGAUCAGAAAUUUAUCGCUGUUACCACCCAGAAUUAGGUACAGAAAGUUCAACGGGGUUUACGCAGAACUGUAUGGCCUCGAUUUCUGUGAAUUUGACAAGAAUUUGGUGGAGUUGUUCACGUGGAGGGAUAGGUCCAAAUUCGAAUUGGGCGAUAAUUUGGAAUUGUACUUGAUCAAAGAUGCGCUGAGACUGAUCGAAGCUACAAUGAAGGUGACACACGAUACAGAAUCUAGGUGUAAUUUGGUGCGUAUGAUGAUCGAAACUUGCAGGAUCAACAAGAAACUGGACAGAUUGUUGGAUGUUUUAAAUUACUUCUGCGAUGUGCACAAGAAUGAUUCGGUAGAGGUUAGAAGGACGAUCAUUUCGCAACUUUUGUGCAAUUUCAAUUUGAAAAAAUUUUGCGAUGAAUCCUGGUAUUGCAUUGAAGAAAUGUUUCAUACGUUCAAAAAGAGAAACGAGAUGUGCUUUGAUAAAGGAGAUUUCACCAAAGCCUUGAUCAUGAAGAAGAUAUCGCUGAACGAGGAUUACCGUAACGAUCUGUUGGAAUUCAUGGACGACAUCGUCAGAUACAACUACUUGAACAUUUUGGAUAGAAAUCAGCCGAAGCAGCACCGCAUCUUUUUGCUGAAGUUUGCGAUGAACAUCGAGUAUUUUGGCGAUUUAACGAGCAGAGAUUCCUCAGUGUAUUUCAUCGAUUUACUGUGCGAAUUUAAUAAGAACAAUCCGAAAUAUAAAAUAUCUUACUACAGGUUUCCUUCUAUGGUGAGGGACGUCUUCGAAGAGUUUUAUAAAGAGGAGUACGAUUGCAAAUCCAAGAUUGAUACCAUUCUGCGGUUCAUUCCCACAGAACCAAUCGAGAUUGAUUUACGAGAUGAGCUUUUGCAGAAGUUUAUGGAGAGCGAUAAAAGUGAAAUAUCUCUUCAGUUGGCCAUGUGGAUGUUGAAAUAUCGUCAGUGCAUGUUAAAAAAGUAUAUUAAGAAGUUUAUAUGGAAAGGAGCGUCAUUUUCGCGACUCUAUUACGAGAUUUCCAAGAUGCGUUAUACGAAAUUGCCAAAACUAUAUCGCUCGACGUGCACUGAAAAUUUGCGAUCCAUGCGGAAAACAAACGGCCUAUGGUAUUUAUCAUACGAAGCGGACUAUUUGAAAUUGGUGGAGAGAUUCAUUCCGGAAGGUUUUAACGAAAACGUAAUGGAAUUUCAAAAAAACCUCUUGAAAACUUUUAAGAAUAGAUACAUGGAAUGGCCGCAUUUAUCAAUUAUAUUGAAUUAUCUGAAUGGUGAUUAUUCGAAGUACGCGGUUGGGUCGAUGUACAGGAGUUUCUACAAUCUGCCAGAAUAUGAGUUGGUCCAUCAUUUGAAAGUCAUCAGCGAAAUAUCGGAUUCCUUAAAAAAGCACAGCAUUUACCUUAGCUCUGAACUACUUGACUAUAGAUACAUUAAAUUAAUUCUAAUGGAAACCGCAAGUACGGAUAACAUCAAAUGCGCUAUGUUCGUAAGCACUUUUUACAGUUUCUGCAAUAAUCCCAAAACGAAUCUGCUCAUUUUAUUGAAACAGCAAAUGGACAUUAUGCAAGAACAUCGCAUUAUUUUCAAAUUCAAGAUUAUACCGAAACACGUAUUAAUCGAUUACCUUACGGAAUUCAGGGAUUAUUUGAGAUGCGGGUCCGAAGAUGAUUUAACAGCCUUCAAUAUUUUAAAACCAGAUUUAAUUUCACAGCUUCCCGCCGACUUUUGCGAGGAGAUUCUAGCACUUGUACUAUUCUCCAAAGAUUGCUACCAAUUCGUGUAUAAUUAUAUCGUUUCAUCGCACGAGGAUUCUGUAGGAAAGCUGCAUGAAGCAAUUGAAAAUUCUCAGGUCGAGAAUAAACUGUUUCUGGUGACCGAUUUGUACGAUUAUAUUUUCAGAAAGUUUAUUCGCGAGAGAAGUAGAGAUUUGGCUCAAAGCAGAUCCGCUGAUUUUAUGCCGUAUUUGGAACAAAGAUUCGGCAACAAUUUAGAAAUUGAUUUGAUGGUGAAGAGCGUUUGCAGUUAUUUGGAAUCCGGUUUUGAUGGUUUGGCUAGGUGCUAUGUCGUUCAGCAGGGUGAGAUUGUACAAGAAUUUGGUCCUAGUAUAAUAAUAUAUCAUUCGAAAGUUGCAAAUAAAUGUUUGCAUAGGAUUUUGGAUAAUGUGGAUGGGGAUAGAGAUGAGAAUACUUGUGUCUUUAUUGAUACAUUGCUGAACGAAUCAAAUUUAACUCACAUCAAAUUAUUGGCGAUCGAACUGCUACCAUUGCUCAAGUCGAAAAAUCAAAGAUUGAUAUUGUUCAUGUUACAAUUACUCGAGAAGAUCGAGGAAGACCCCAGUGAGACUAUACAAACGUUCCUGUAUUAUAAGCAUGCAUGCAAAGACUUAUAAACAUGUUUAUUUUGUGAUAAUAAAAAUUGUAUUGUUUUUAAGUUACUGUAUUUUAAGUAUUUUCGUU